AAAUAUACCUGUCCUCGAGCCAUCUGGCUUUAUCCAUUGCCACAUACGCUUGCGAGAUUUGACGCUAUUUCUCAUGGGGACUCCAUCAGUAGCGAGGUCACUCGUCCUGCAGCGCGUUUUCCCAGGGGUGGAGGUAGCACCUGCAGAUAACUGGAUAGGCGUCACAGAUAUGAAAAGGCGAAGGAAGUUGCAAAAUCGACUCAAUCAACGAUCUCGGAGGCAACGCCGUCGAGUAGCAGAUAGCAACCAACGAUCCACGCCUUCAGCGCCACCUAGUAUUGAGAUCGCCCUUAGGAUUUUAGAUACUUUGCAGAUUAUUGGCCCGGCCUCGCGGAAUGUAGAGGACAUCAUGAACCAGCUUGUAAGCAUGGUCACUGCCCAUGCUAACCUCAUGUGUGGGUCCCCAUUACGAGAUCUACGCUUCAGUAUAACAAGACUGAACGUCUUACGAGCACUUUUUUUCAACCUGGAAGUACUAGGUUACAGCCCAAGUGACAUCCACGACGAUGCUCAGUCAACCUUCAGUCCCAAUAUCCAAAGCGGGAUCAAGUGGUCCCGCAUAGAAGCGUUGCCAACGGCCCUUCGGCCGACUGUGAUCCAGCGAACUGUGCCCCACCACCCGUGGCUGGAUCUUAUGCCCUUCCCCCGAAUGAGGGAUACUCUCAUACUGGCGCAAGCCUAUAUGGACGAUGAGCAGUUGUGCCACGAUCUGUGUGGAAACAGGGUACCCUGUGCCGGCUGUCGUGAUCUGAGCCGACCAGGAGGGGUUGGUGAGACUGGCGUUCUGGUUUGGCGUGACCCGUGGGAUCCAUCCGGCUGGGAAGUGACAGAGACCUUUGCCCGGUCAUGGGGUUGGGUGCUGCAGGAUUGCGUGGACUUGUUUAAUUCGACCAACGCGUGGCGGAUUGAGCGUGGAGAGAGGCCGCUGUUUAGAAGUGCUUUUGGAAUCGACAAAAAUGCUAAAGUAUGA